AAAUCGUUUCAUAUGCUAAAGUCCAUGAUCGUGACAUAGAGGGACAACCAAAGAUUAAAAUGAAAGGUUCAAAUUUCGUAAUGUAAUGCUCAUUUUUCAACAACCACGACCAUAUACUUUAAUUUCCAUCUCAAACCAGACAUUAUAUUUCGAAGUAGCAAAUUAAGAGUGUAACCAAAACCAUUGUCCUUGCUUGAUUGGAGAGAAAUCAAGCAUGGGGUCUGAAGACAAACAUGGUGAAGAAUCAGUAAGUAUAGGCCUUAAACUCAUGCUGAUUGCAGCUUUCUCUUUGUUUGGGAUGAUCUUGUUCAUUAUCUUUCUCCAUUUUUGUGCAAUACAUCUCAUAAGACGCCGACAGAGAAGACGCCGAAUUGACUACCUUCUUCAUUACAUCAACACACAAAUUGGACCAGUUGAUGUGAGUUCAGUUCUUGAGGCACCCUAUCAUGGCCUUGACCCUUUGAUCCUAGCCUCUUUGCCUAAACUCUUGUACAAGCAAACAGAGCAGUUCAACCAAGGUGAAGAAGCUACAGAGUGCUCUGUUUGCUUAGGCACUAUUGUGGGAGAUGAAACUAUAAGGGUGCUGCCAAAUUGUAAGCACAUUUUUCAUGUUGAUUGUGUUGAUAAAUGGUUUAAUGCUAACACCACAUGCCCAAUUUGCCGUGCUGUGGCUGAACCCAAAGUCCAGUCAGGGCAUGGUAAUUUGGGCAUGAGGGUCCAAGCACAACCCACAGCACCACCUGUAGAGGGUGGUGAUGAGCCACAUGAUUGUGAUGAUUUGGAGAAAGUGGGUUGUUCAGGGUUGAGAAUAGGAUCUCUUGAUAGAAUGGUUAGUAGCAAGGAAAGGUCAUUGAGAAGGACUCAGAGCACUAAUGAGUCUGCCAUAGAUGAUAUAGAAAAACACUAAAUUUAGCAGUGAAUAUGUAUUCUUCUCUUCUCUUUGAAUUGGCGUACAUAUGUGCCUUAGUUUGAAUAAUUAUUGAUUUCUUUUAUAUGAGAGAUUUUGUUGAGAUUGUU